GGCAGCACCACCCUCUAUGUCACUGGCUUCGGCCACGGGACUCGCGCGCGCGAUCUUGCCUACGAAUUCGAACGAUACGGACGUCUUGUCCGCUGCGACAUCCCCGCUCCUCGAUCUGCAUCCAGCCGCCUGUUUGCUUUCGUGGAGUAUGAGAACCGUCGCGAUUCCGAUGACGCAUACCAUGAGAUGCACAACAAGCGCAUCGGCCGUGACGAUAUCUUGAAGAUCGAGUGGGCCCGCACUCCUCCUUCCGCAUCGUGGCGAUUCGAUUCCGGAGCUGGAAGGGACCACCGUUCCGGUGGCCCUCCCCGCCGUGACCGCUCUCCCCGCCGUGGUGGCAGGAGCGUCUCUCCUCGCCGUCCCCGUGGUGGUGACUUCUCCCCUCGCAAGGACGAUCGACGUGAGCGUGACUACGAGCGCCGCGACCGUGACCGAUCCCGAAGCCCCAUCGAUGGCGACCGUGACAUGAAGGAUGUCCGUGACCGUGAGGACGAGCGCGAGAAUGGCGUCAACGGAGAUGAUAGGAAGCCUGUUGAGUCCCCACCCCCCGCGCACGAUGACCUCGACACAGCCGAGUAA